AUGGCCUCUUUAACCUCUGAGACUCUCAAUUUCAUUGUUUUCCGCUACCUCAGUGAAUCAGGAUUCACACAUUCAGCAUUUACUUUUGGAUACGAGGCAGGGCUCAAUAGGAGCACAAUGGAUGGACAUCUAGUUCCUCCUGGUGCUCUUAUUCAAUUUGUGCAAAAGGGUAUUCAGUAUCUUGAACUGGAAACCAAUUUGAGUAAUGAUGAUACUGAUAUGGAUGAAGACUUCAAGCUUCUAGAGCCUUUGGAUCUCAUUACAAAGGAUGUAGAUGAGCUGCGGAAAAUAAUAAAAGAGAAAAAGGAGAAGGUUCAGAAAGAUAAACCUAGGAGGAAGGAUAAGGCGAAUGCUGACCACAAACGAGAACCUAUAAGAGAAAGGGAGAUGGAGAAACAACAGAAAGAAAAAGAGCGUGAACAGGACAAAGAAAGGAGUGAUGUAAUGGUUUUGGAAGGACAUACAUCUGAGGUUUUUGUCUGUGCUUGGAGUCCAGAAGGGUCACUGCUUGCAUCUGGGUCUGGAGACGCUACUGCUAGAAUUUGGACUAUUGGAGAUGGUCCAUGUAAUUCUACUAUCCCAAAUGUUUUGGUUUUGAACCAUUUGGAAAGUCAAGCAACUGAGGAAAACAAGGAUGUUACAUCACUUGACUGGAAUAGCAAGGGUACCCUGCUUGCAACUGGUUCUUACGAUGGAGGAGCCAGAAUCUGGAAACGAUCUGGGGAAUUGAUUAGUACUCUUAACAAACAUAAAGAGCCAAUCAUAUCUUUGAAGUGGAACAAGAAAGGUGAUUAUCUCCUUACCGGUAGUAUUGAUAAAACUGCCGUCGUUUGGAAUGUGAAGUCUGGAGAAUCAAAGCAGCAAUUUGAUUUUCAUUCAGGUCCAUUGCUUGAUGUUGCUUGGCGAAACAAUAAUUCUUUCGCGACCAGCUCCGCUGAUAACAUGAUAUAUGUUUGUAAGGUUGGAGAGAACAAACCAGUCAAAACAUUCUCAGGACAUCAGAAUGAAAUCAAUGCUAUCAAGUGGGACCCUUCAGGUUCCUUGCUGGCUUCAUGCUCUGAUGAUACCACAGUUAAGAUAUGGAGCAUGAAACAGGAUGUCUGCUUGCAUGAUUUCAGAGAACAUAGCAAAGAGAUACAUACCAUCAAAUGGAGUCCAACUGGCGCUGGUACAAGCAAUCCGAAUCAACAGUUGUUGCUGGCAAGUGCUUCAUUUGACUCUACCGUGAAGCUAUGGGAUGUUGACCAAGGGCGUCUUCUUCACAGCUUGAACGGUCACAGGGAACCUGUUUACUCUAUUGCAUUUAGUCCGAACGGUGAAUACAUGGCAAGUGGAUCAUUGGACAAAUGCAUGAAUAUAUGGUCGGUGAAGGAGGCCAAGAUUGUAAAAACUUACAAUGGCGAUGGCUGCAUUUUUGAAGUGUGUUGGAACAAGGAAGGCAACAAGGUUGCAGCUUGUUUCGCAAACAAGAAGGUCUGUGUCUAUGAUAUGCGAUUGUAG